CAGUAUAUAAGGCCAAUGCCACAGAGCAGCUCUGCUACAGGAGGCAAAAUGAGAAAGCUGUUGAUUUUGGCAUGUCUGAUUUUGGCCGUCUUGGGCAGGAAGACUUUUGAAGGACACCAGGUCCUGCGGAUCACAGCAGCCAAUGAUGUUCAGAUCUCUCUGCUGAAGAAUCUGACUGAUCAUGAACAUCUUGAGCUGGACUUCUGGAGGGAGCCCGUUCAUGAGUCCCUGCCUGUUGAUGUUCGUGUUCCCUCAAGCAGUCUUCACAGGGUCAAGAGCUUCCUGAAGAACAACAAAAUCCAUUAUAAAAUCAUGAUUCAGGAUCUUCAGGAUCUUUUGGAUGAGGAACAGCAGGAGAUGAUGCGCUCUCGUGCUCAUCAGCCCAAAUCCACUGAUGGGUUCAACUACUCCACCUACCACACCCUGGAUGAGAUUUAUAGCUUCAUUGACAUGCUGGUGACGGAGAACCCUCAGUUAGUUAGCAAAAUUGUGAUUGGUCAAAGCUACGAGCGCCGUCCGUUGAAUGUUCUUAAGUUUAGCACUGGUUCUAACCGCCCUGGAAUCUGGAUCGACACUGGCAUCCACUCCAGAGAAUGGGUUACCCAGGCCAGCGGAACCUGGUUUGCCAAGAUGAUUGUGGCUUCCUAUAACCGUGAUCCUGCUCUUACUGCCAUUCUUAAUACGUUUGACAUUUUCCUGGAGAUCGUCACCAACCCUGAUGGAUUCCAGUUCACCCACACCUCUGACCGCCUGUGGCGCAAGACAAGGAAACCCAAUCGUGGAUCUUCUUGCAUUGGAGUUGACCCCAACAGGAACUGGGAUGUUAACUUUGGAGGCCCUGGUUCCUAUAACGACCCGUGUGAUGAUCGGUACUAUGGACCUUAUGCCAAUUCAGAGUCUGAGGUCAAGGCCAUUGUGGACUUUGUAAAGUCACAUGGCAAACUCAAAGCCUUUCUGUCCAUCCAUAGCUACUCUCAGUUUUUGCUCUACCCUUACGGCUACACCUCAACUCCUUGCAGGGACAAUGCAGAGCUGUAUAACCUUGCAUGGAAGGCUGUCACUGCCUUGUCUCGUCCUUAUGGCACCAGAUACCGAUUUGGCAGCAUCAUCAACGUCAUUUACCAAGCAAGUGGUAGCAGCGUUGACUGGAGCUAUAACCAGGGCAUCAAGUACUCCUACGCCUUUGAGCUGAGAGAUACCGGUCACUUUGGUUUUGCCCUGCCUGCCAAUCAAAUCAUCCCCACUGCUUAUGAGACAUGGCUGGCCCUCAUGGUCAUCAUGGAGCACGCCAAGAACAACCCCUACUAAACCAACAGCUGGCUCAAAUAAUGAUGCUUCAGUUAAUAUUGCGCCUGCACAUGCAUGAUACUAACUAAUAAAGUUAUUUUUAUCAGAGCAAAUUCCUCAUUAAAGCUUCCAGGUGCUGUGAAGGACAGCGUUUUUGUGUGCUACAGUAGCCAGUCUUUAAAGACCCCUGCACUCAGAACAUGUUUGCUUCUUGGAUGGAUUAUUAUGAGUAUUGUCACUGUGCAAACAAAAGUGUAUUAAAAAUGUUUUAAUGUAAUUGUUUUCCAGGUAAUUUUGGAGCAUUUGUUCGUUCAUUUAUUCAGAAAAUUUUUCAAAUGCAAAAAAGUAAAAAAGUGGAGAUACAGUAUGAGGCUUGUAUGCAAUAGCAACAAGUUCACGUUUUUCCAUUGAAAGCAUGUUUUCUCAGUACUGACAAUUUAGUUUUGUAUGUCACAAAUAAGCUUGAGCCUAUCACGGUCCAAUAAAUAAAAAAUAAUCCAA